CGGGCAGAGCUGCAGAUCGGGUAGUGACAGCCAUCAUUAACUGCAGGUACAGUAUAAUCUGUCAUGCUUUGCUGCUGUUUCCAGAGUGCAGUUUUACUUCCUCACUGUGUCCACAAGAUGGCGGCGUUGCUCUUUUUAAACACACUUGAAGCGUCAUUUCUGUUUCCCAGCAUGCACUGCGAGUGAUCAGCCCUUCAGACCUAAGGACACAGCGAUUAUAGCGGAAUUUCUCUUUGAAAGAGAUCCAGCAGCCUGAAGAUGUCUGACACCAUUGAUGAGAAGAUCAAGAACUACAGGACGGCUCCUUUCGACGCCCGCUUCCCCAACACUAACCAGACCCGCAACUGUUACCAAAACUAUCUGGACUUCCACAGAUGUAACAAAGCUCUGUCCGCCAAAGACCAGGACACGGCUCCCUGCGACUGGUACCAGAGGGUCUACAAGAGCCUCUGCCCCGUGAGCUGGGUUACGAAAUGGGACGAUCAGUUGGAGGCGGGAAGUUUUGCUGGAAAGAUCUGAACAACCCUCUGUCUUCAUCCAAGUAUCUUAAUGUGAAAAUGCUUAAAUGCUCUUUCUGUACAGAAGCGACUAAAUAAAUGAUAUGUUACUGUGAA